AGUCGGGCGCUACUCCCCCUUGGCUUUGUCGUUGCCUCCCAUGCCGGGCCGGAGCGCCUGUGGCGGGCGUGCUGCUUAUGGCGUGGUGUUGCUGCUGGUAGGGCUGCCAAGCGCCACUCUGCAGGAGAGCUGUGAUGCCACCGCGCUCUUGCAGUACGACAGGUCAUCUCAACCCGAGAGUCGCCUUCCUCACCCUAGCGACCACCCCCGCUCCCGCUGCCGCUCCCGCCUCCCGCGCUGCCGGCUCAGCCAUGGUGUUCGGCUACGGCGCUCGCGCGCGUCCUCCCUCACGGCUGAGCUGGCGGGUGAGCUCUCGGAUGGCCGGCUUGACUACCUCGCGGCCCACGGGGCACCCUACACGGCGCAGGAGGUGGGAUGCAUUGCGGCAAACAUGGCCAACAACAUGUUCCCGAAUGGCACCAUUGUUGCUGCACCCUCGAAGGUGUCCUCGAAUCAUAGCAAUGACUACUACUACAUGUGGCAGCGCGAUGCGGCGAUGACCAUGGGCACGCUGCUCCGAUCCCUGACCACUGCACCCAAUCAGGUCUUCGCUUCGGUCAUGCGGAAUCAGAGCUCGGCGAUCCGGCGACAACUGGUGAACUACGUCGAGCUCUUGCCGCGGCUUUGGGACCAAUGGGAUCCCAACACUUUGUGCCCUCCCUGGUAUGAGGACAAGCCUGGCUGGUGCGCCAAGAUGGGGGAGCCCAAGUAUUUUGUGAACGGCUCUGUUUAUAACAAGCCGUGGGGCCGCCCACAGAACGACGGCCCGGCACUGGCCGGGGUCUUCUUGGCGGAGCUGGCGAACGCCAUCCUUGAUGCCGGCGACGAGAUCCCAGGUCAUGCGGAGGAGUUGCAGACGCGGCUGUUGAGUGGAGGCGGCACCACUGGAAUCUUGUAUGAUGCCCUGAACUUUGUGAAUACCUGGUACAACGAAGGGUCGACCGAGCCUUGGGAGGAGAUCUAUGGACAAGCGUUCUUCUUGGCAGAGGUGCAGCGUUUGGCGCUGGUGACGGGGGUGCGCUACGCACGCCGGAAGGGCCUGAACGCGAGCGCAGUGUGGCCGAAGUCGGGCUACAGCAACUGGGUCUACAGCGAGAAGAACCUGCGCAAAGUCUCCAAGUCCUUCGUCUCGCAGGAGUAUGAGUACGUCCAGGCCAUGACCGGGCGGCAGCAGGGCCUCGCGGGGCCCAAGUGCAUCAACUCGGAGCCUCUGCUUCUGAAGACCGGAAAUAACUGGCCAGAAGGUCUGCUGGCACCCUGCGAGCUGGAUGUUCAGACCUUGAUCGCUGCCAACUACCUGGCCGGGGCGCCAGACGCUGCACCUGAGGAUCGAGUCCUACCGCCGCACGACUAUCGCCUGGUGAACACGGCGCGAUUGUUGGUGAAGUCCAUGGCACCAUACUAUGAGGUGAAUGCCGUGGAUCGCUCCAACGGCUUUGUGGGUUUGCUGAUUGGGCGCUACCCUGGUGAUACGUACUGUGGCUACGGCGACUGCCCCAAAAACGACUUCGGCAAUCCCUGGUUCAUCACCACCCACGCGCUAGCUGAGCAGCUGUACUUCCUGGCGUUCGCCUGGUGCAAAGACCAGUUGAACCUCCAGGAUGCCAAAGCGGUCUCGCAUCUCUGGGAGGAACUCUCACACGGCAAAGUGACCGGCUGGAACACCAUCCAGAUGGGUGAUUCGGUCAUGAAAAAUGCCAAGGAGCACGUCAUCAUGCCCGGAGUUCACAUGUCUGAAGAGAUCAAGAAAAGUGGUCCAGAUGCAGGUCAGCAGGCGGGGGUGCCGGACCUCACUUGGUCCUAUUCCUCGGCGUUGUCUGCGCUGCUGGCGCGGCACCAGGCGAUUCGCGCAUGCAGGAAGGAUUGAGCAUUGGCCCUUGGUACAGACAUCGAGCAUAGAUCUUGAACCACUCCCGCGAAAGCACCAGGGAACAUGAGCUGACAAUGGCCGAAAAACUGAGCUGGACGCAUGGACCUGGCCUGCGACCAAAACCAUG